AUGCUUGUUGUCAAGAACAUCUCUAUCGCUGCAGCGCUCCUGACUGGAGCUGCCCAACAUGCGCUCGCUGCUCCCAUUGCAAGUUCUGAUCUUGUGCUUAGAUCUGGGGCUGGCGUUAUCACUGACGCCGUUCUGGAAGCCCGUACCCUUGGUUUCGACGAUCCUGGCCUCGAAGAGAGAAAAGUAAACGGCAAGAGGCUUCUGCAUGGUGCCGCAAGGGUCGGAAAAGGCCUUUUAAAGAUUCUUCUCCGCGAUCUAGAGGCAGGAGAAGUUUUUGAGCUCAGUGAGCGUGAGAUCAAUGACUUGAUGGAAAGAGAUGAUGCCGAGGCUGAUAUUGAGGGCCGUGAUCUUGAGGAGAGAAAAAUCAACCGCAAAAAGCUCCUUCGAGGUGCCGCAAAGGUUGGAAAGGGUCUUCUAAAAUUGCUUCUCCGCAGCGGAGAUGUUGAGGAGCGCGAUAUUCAAUUUGAUGAGCGUGAUCUUGAAUACGUGUUUGCCCGCUAUCUCCAAGAUGAGGAGUAA